GAAAACAUCCAAUCGCAUCACUCAUAUCCUCUAGCGUCAAACGUAGCUAGCUGUGUCCUGCCUUUUCUAUUGCUUCUUUUCAACUUGAACAGCGGCGUUUCCUCCUUAUAUACGGAGCUUGUUCAAAUUAAGAGACUUCUAUCACUAUGGCCGCCUACAAGCUGGUGUUGAUCCGCCACGGCGAGAGCAACUGGAACCAGGAGAACCGAUUUUGUGGCUGGUUCGACGCCGAUCUGAGCGAGACUGGAGAACAGGAGGCGAGGAGAGGAGGACAGGCCCUGAAAGAUGCUGGCUAUGAGUUUGACGUAUGCUACACCUCAGUUCUGAAGAGGGCCAUCCGCACUCUUUGGCUGUGUCUGGACAGCAUUGACCAGAUGUGGCUUCCUGUCCACCGGACCUGGCGCCUCAACGAACGCCACUACGGUGGCCUGACGGGGUUAAACAAGUCAGAGACUGCUGCCAAGCAUGGAGAGGCUCAGGUGAAGAUCUGGAGGCGGAGCUUCGAUAUCCCUCCUCCCUCCAUGGACCCAGACCAUGACUUCUACACUAUCAUCAGCAAGGAUCGUCGUUAUGGAGACCUGUCGGAAGAGCAGCUUCCAUCCUGUGAGAGCCUGAAGGACACCAUCGCCCGGGCACUGCCCUACUGGAACGACGAGAUUGUGCCCCAGAUCAAACAGGGCAAGAGGAUUCUCAUCGCUGCCCAUGGCAAUAGCCUCAGGGGCAUUGUCAAGCAUCUCGAGGGUAUGUCUGAGGAAGCCAUCAUGGAGCUGAACCUGCCCACAGGCAUCCCCAUCCUGUAUGAGCUGGACAAGAACCUGAAGCCUGUCAAGCCCAUGCAGUUCCUGGGGGAUGAGGAAACUGUCAGGAAGGCUAUGGAGGCCGUGGCAGCCCAGGGCAAAGCCAAAAAAUAGAGGGAGCACUUUGUGCAUCGUGGAGUAGGAAGUUGUGCUUAUUUACAGAUCUAGGAUCAGAUUUUAUAUUAGCCUCCCAUCAAUUCCUAACCUUCUGGAGGAAGCAUGUAAAACUGACCUUAGAUCAGUGUUUCUGGGAAGCUUCAUUCUACUCCAUGUGGCACAGAGUAGGGGUAAAGGGAUAUGGGUUGGAGGUUAGUAAUACUACAGAUCUCAAAGGAGCUCACACACACUGUACUUGCAGUCCAAGAAACAUAGCUACUAAGAAUGUGUUGGUAUUCAACCCUACUGUGCAUAGAAAGUCUAACAAAUGUGGAUUAUAAAGUAACCAAUACAUUAGUAUAGAUUAAUAUUGACCAAGCCACUUCUAUGGGGACAACUGACUACACUAUCAAAUCAGUCAUCAUUCCACUGGCUUAUUGUGUCUGUUUCCCUGUUUAACAAUGGAUCAUUGAGAUUACGAAUGUGAUGAAGCCUAAUUUAUUUGAAAAUAUUUAGUCCUGCGUUACCAUACUUCCUAGUCUCGCUAAAAAAGAGUAUAUAUUUAGAUGUUAUAGAAGAAUAUUUGCACUUUAAAAGUAAAUAGUUAUUUACACUAAACACGUAAGGUUGUACUGGUUCUUUUAUUUUCCAAUGUGCUCUGUCUCUGGUCGUACAAUUCUCUGUAGAACCACUGUAUCAGUAGUUGGAAGACUGUUUCCAUCUCCUUCGAGAGCCAUGGCAGAGACUAAAUACCUUUUUCUCCUCUGCCCCCCUAGCCUUGGAUGCUACUUCUGUGUCGUUUACAUGUCUAGUACUACUGUGUGUGACAUGUCUUUCCAUCCCAUUUCCUGGUGACUAUUGUGGCACAUGGCUACUGUUUUGUCAGUGGGAUCAAAUGUUUGGUACCUGCAAUGUCAGUCUGUUUAUGCUUCAUCAGUGGCAUUCAGGGCUAAACAUUCAUAUUUCACAGCACAAAAUAGAUUGCACAAGACAGACCAACUCUCCUCUUCUAUGUCCAAGCGAGCUGAUUCUAAACAUUUACAUUUUUAUCUGCAACUUUGAGCAUUCCACAACCUAUGAAUAGGCAUAGGCAUGCAUUUUACUAUAAGUUUACUUUUGCUACCCUGUAUUCUGCUGAACCCCUCUAAAUGGGGAAACUGCAGUGUAGGUACCUGCUCCUAUAGGAUAUGCCGCUUAUAUCCUUCCCCACCCAUUCCCAAGGCUUUCUCUUUUGAAAUUGUUGGCAAUCUUAUGACUGAAAAUAAGAUCAUUUGGAAUAAUGUAAUAAUUGCAAUGUACUUUUUAGAUGUACAGCACUGAAACCUGUGCUGAACCAAUAAAUGUGUGUGGGAAGAAACAUGAUUUGGUCAGUUUAACCUUUUUUUAAAUUGUAUUUUUAUUUAAUUUUUUAUAAAUGUUAUUUUAAUCGAAUUAUUGUUUUAGUAUGAAUUUCACUGCAGGGGUUUAUUCAUUACUCUGAUUCUGUUGCAAAACAUUUUGCAACAAAAACAAGUUUCUAUUGGACAAAUUUAGGUGGGUCCCUGCUCGUUUUCGCUCUGUUUGGUUCUUAAACACAACAGUUUCUGUUGCAAGAGUUAAUGAAUACAUCCCACAGUCGUGUUCAGCAGGACCAUGUUUCUUUUGUAACGUUCAGACAACGAUGUUAUGUAGAAGAAAACCGCCUCCGAUAUGCAGAACAAGGAGUCAUGUAUAGGCUCUAUUUGACAACGUUUGGCUACUGAACAUGCAGUUAAGUGAUAAUGCCAGAGAAGCCGGUGUUUGGAGGAUAUAUUUGGCACGGGUGUUGUCGAGGGCAGGCAAACCAUGAAUUAUCACUUUUUUAUACUGGUUACUGACAUAUUCAAAUAAUGAUUUUUACAUAUUUUCAUAAUUUAUUCAGACUACACAAACAAAUAGUGGUGUAAAAAUACUUAAGUACUAUUUUUAAGUCGUUUUGGGGGGUAUUUUUCUGUUUUUUUUUAACUGCACUGCUGGUUAGGGGCUCAUAAGUAA